AUGAGGAAUAUGAUCAAUUCUCCUUUUACCAAGGAAGUGAUCAAGGCUGCUAUGUGGGAUAUUGAUGGAGGGAAGGCUCCUGGUCCUAAUGGAUUUGGUAGUGCCUUCUAUAAAGGUGUUUGGGAGGAUGUGGGUGAUGAUGUUUUACUCAGAAAUGUCUUACCUGAUUUGAUUGCUCAGAUUCAAGGGGCUUAUGUUCAUAGUAGGUUUAUAUCUCAUCACAACAUAAUGGUGUGUCAGGACAUAGCUAGGGGUUAUGAAAGGAAGAAUGGUGAUGUUGGUUGUCUUACUAAGCUAGAUUUACAUAAGGCUUAUGAUACUGUGGAAUGGGAUUUUGUGGAGGAAAUUCUGAUAGGUCUAAGGUUUCCUGUUAACUUCAUUCAGCUUAUUAUGAAGUGUAUUAGAACUCCUAGGUUCUCACUUUCUAUCAAUGGCUAUCUCCAUGGUUUCUUUGAAGGCAAGAGGGGUCUUAGACAGGGUGAUCCUCUUUCACCAUUGAUGUAUGUACUGUGUGUUGAAUAUCUAUCCAGGAUCUUGUUAAUGGUGGAUGAAAAGGAAGGAUUUAAGUUUCACCCUAGGUGCAGAGCUUCCGAGCAUAAUCAUCUAUGCUUUGAAGAUGAUAUUAUUCAAUGUUGUAGAUGGGUUUAUAAGUCUAUGUGCCUCAUGAUGCAAGGCUUUCAACUCUUCUCCAAUACAACUGGGUUAAAAGCUAGCCCUGUAAAACUUCUAUCCAUUUUCUGGAGUUUCCUAUGGGAUGGCACUGCUGAAUCAAACAUACCUGGUAAGGUAGCUUGGGACAGUGUUUGCAAACCUAAUGGAGAUGGAGGGUUAGGCCUCAUAAACUUAAAAUUGUGGAAUGUUGCAGCCAUGGAAAGCAUGUUUGAAUGA